GCUGCCGCCGCCGCUGCCGCCGCGGCCAAGGGGGCCCUGGAGGGCGCCGCGGGCUUCGCGCUCUCGCAGGUGGGCGACCUGGCUUUUCCCCGCUUUGAGAUCCCGGCGCAGAGGUUUGCCCUGCCCGCGCACUACCUGGAGCGCUCCUCGGCCUGGUGGUACCCCUACACCCUGACUCCCGCAGGUGGCCACCUCCCGCGACCUGAAGCCUCGGAGAAGGCCCUCCUACGAGACUCCUCCCCCGCCUCGGGCACCGACCGCGACUCCCCCGAGCCGCUGCUCAAGGCCGACCCCGACCACAAGGAGCUGGACUCCAAGAGCCCGGACGAGAUCAUUCUGGAGGAGAGCGACUCGGAAGAAGGCAAGAAGGAGGGCGAGGCGGCGCCGGGCGCGGCGGGGGCGAGCGUAGGGGCGGCGGCGGCGGCGCCGGGCGCGGAGGACUGGAAGAAGGGCGCCGAGAGCCCGGAGAAGAAGCCCGCGUGCCGCAAGAAGAAGACGCGCACCGUCUUCUCGCGCAGCCAGGUCUUCCAGCUCGAGUCCACCUUCGACAUGAAGCGCUACCUGAGCAGCUCCGAGCGCGCGGGUCUAGCAGCGUCGCUGCACCUCACCGAGACGCAGGUCAAGAUCUGGUUCCAGAACCGCCGCAACAAGUGGAAGCGGCAGCUGGCGGCGGAGCUGGAGGCGGCCAACCUGAGCCACGCGGCGGCGCAGCGCAUCGUGCGGGUGCCCAUCCUCUACCACGAGAACUCGGCGGCCGAGGGCGCGGCGGCCGCGGCCGCGGGGGCCCCGGUGCCCGUCAGCCAGCCGCUGCUCACCUUCCCGCACCCCGUCUACUACUCGCACCCAGUAGUCUCGUCCGUGCCGCUGCUACGGCCGGUCUGAGGCCCGAGAGGGGAGGGGGUGGGAGCGCUCCGCCCCCUUCCCAGACCCUGGAGGAGACUGGGCCCGGCCGAGGGCGCCGAGACGUCCAGCGGCCUUCGGGAACCGGGGCUUCGGAGCGCUGCCCCGGCCUCCCCUCCCCCAAUCGGUAGCGUUUUGUAAGUAUUUGCAAUGCGUUUUCGUGCAAUUCACCCCUAAUGGAUUUGAGGCGCUUUCCCUCUUACUUUUGGUUUAUAUUCAGAGAGGGCAGGAAAAAGAGAAAAUUCCCGGGCCAGAUAUUUCGGCUGAAAGCUUUUGUAAUAUGAGCAACCCUCCCGCCAAAUUUGCAUUGCACUGUGGCUUUUUUGGUUUUAUUUUUAUAGAAGGAAAAUAAGGGCAAAAACCUGAAUCCCUCUAGUUUAUUCAGUUUGCAUAGAACCGUUUUCAGAAGGGGACGCAAAGGUAGAGAGAAUUCACACUGCAGUGCUCUCAUUUCUGGAUUUCUGGGUGUGGUUCUUCCUCUCCACCCCCAAUCAGUUAUCCUCCGCAGUUUUCAGAAUCUGAGCAUCUCCUCAGAAGAACCCCAACUCAGGCCGCUUUUCUCUCUGGCAAAGGUCUGUGGCAUUUGACCUCUUCAUCAGUCCUGCUUUGUGAUGGGAGAAUUCUCUAAGUGUUUAAAGGGAAAAAACAAAACAGCCUAGAAUCAGACUUCUGAUGAUUGAAACAGCUCCACAUCUGGCCCAGUGUGAGUUGUCUUAUUUAUUAGCAUUUACUUUGGGAAUUUCAUUUGUUGGUAAAUUAUUAAUAAUAUUACUAUUAUUCUUUGUCCCCUAUUUUGAGAGAGUGAUUUCAAUAUUUAAAAAAAAAAAAAAACCCUUGUAUCUUUUAUCCCCUACCUUUUUGUUCCGCAGUAACUGUCGUACUUCUGACUGUGCAAUAUUGUACAAAUUUUCCUGCGAGCCCUGCUCUUUCUCUACUGAGAGAAGCAGCCGUUUCCACUGUAUAAUGCCAGUCAUUCGUUGAGGAAGAGAAAUUUAAGAAGGAGGAAGGGGGAAAGGAAGGAAACAAGGAUAGGUAGCGAUGCUCAAAGGAGUAAGGUAGGAUACUGGAGCGCUUUAAGUGAAGGACAAUCAAUUUAGGAGAAUUUUAACUUAUUUGAUAAAUGUACAGAUUUCAUGUAAAAUUCACACUCGUCUCCGCAGGGCUUCUUGUUCCGCCACCUGAUCUGUUUUCUUUCUGUCAGCUACACCUGUUGUUCUGCGAUAGCUUGUCCCGCCCCCACCCCCAUCUCCCCAUCUCUGCCCGGGUUCAGUCCCUUUUUAAGAAAAAGAGAAAAGGAAACAAAAUAUUGUUACACUUAAUGUUGCCGUGAAAUUGAAUUAAA